UUUACUUACCACCAAAUUUUAGUUCAUAUAUCAUAUUCGGACUUUGAGAGUUGGGAAAUGACAAUCAUAUCCCCUGUUCUUGCCCAUAUUGUCUUCUGUUUGUCCUAAUCAGCCAGCUACAACUGAAGAAAAUCUUCAAGAUCCAUUUAUUCUUCUUGUUUAACUAAUUUUCCAGCUAUAAUAACCUGUUUAGCUUCAUGGGGUUUCUUCAAAAUCUUUAUUUUACUUCUUGAUUUAGAGAUAAAGAUUGUUUUUUUUCUUUCUUUUUCUGUAUUUGGGUGUUUUAAUAGGGUUCUUUGUGUUCAUACUGAUGGUGAAAAAGUUAAAGUUCAGUUCUUGUGGCCAUUUGAGGUCAGAUUUGGUUAAAGAUUUGAACUUUGGCAAGAUGAAACAUUGUCACACUUGGGUUUUUCAUUCUUUUAAUGGGGUUCUUGUGAUUGGACCCUUAUUGUUGUUGUUUCUUGUGGCAAUAGGGUCUGGUUAUUUAUACAAUAUAUAUUCUUUUCCAGAACCAAUUGUUCAUGAGAAUGAGAAUAGAACAAGUGACUUUAGUGGUGAAUGUAAUUUUUUUGUUGGAAAUUGGGUGCCUGAUGAAAGCUAUCCUUUGUACAAUGCAUCAGAAUGUCCUUUUGCUGAACAAGGUUUUAGUUGUUUAGCUAAUGGGAGGGAGGAUAAAGAGUAUCUUAAGUGGAGGUGGAAACCUAGGAAUUGUGAAAUUCCAAGGUUUGAUGUUCAUGAAAUCUUGGAAAAGUUAAGGGGGGAAAGGGUUGUGUUUGUUGGUGAUUCAUUAAGUAGAACUCAAUGGGAGUCUAUGAUAUGCAUAUUGAUGACUGGUGUUGAGGACAAAAAAAGUGUAUAUGAAGUCAAAGGAAGAAAGAUCACUAGACAGAUUAGGCAUUUACAAGUUCGAUUUAGCUCGUUUAAUUUAACAGUUGAGUUUUAUAGGUCAAUUUUCCUUGUACAACCUGGUGCGCCACCAAAACGUUCACCAAAGAGGAUCAAGAAAGCACUAAUGCUUGAUAAGAUGGAUGAUAUAAGCAAAGAAUGGAUUCAAUCUGAUAUACUAAUCUUUAAUACCGGUCAUUGGUGGACUCCCACGAAGCUUUUUGAACUGGGGUGGUACUUCCAGAUUGAUGGAAAGAUGAAACUCGGAAUGACGAUAAAUGGCGCCUUCAAGCAUGCCUUAGCUACUUGGAAAUCUUGGGUUGAAAAGAAGGUCAACACUGAUAGGACACGUGUAUUCUUUCGGACUUUCGAAGCUACUCAUUGGAGUGACGAAUCCCGUGAUACAUGCAAUGUGACACGACUGCCUUGGUCGGAAACCAACGGAAAGGAUGAGGAUCUGUUUUCAGACAUAAUUAUUGACACUGUGAGAAAUGUAUCCAGCCCCGUGACAUUGCUGCAUGUCACUCCGAUGGGGGCAUACCGGAGCGAUGCACAUGUUGGUACUUGGAGUGAUAAUCCAUUAGUGCCUGAUUGCAGCCAUUACUGCUUACCUGGUGUGCCUGAUAUGUGGAAUGAACUGCUUUUCACCUUCCUGUUCUCGGAUCAGAUAUAUUAACUUCACGGAUAUACAAGUCUUAUUCAACUUGUUUAACCAUUAACAAAUACAUCGUCGUCUUUGUCUUGAACUUUGCAAGGAUAUCGUCGUCAAUGGUUUCAUGUUGAUGCUGUCAAUGCAUGCUGCAGUAUAACCUGUCUUGAUACAGACAUCAUAUACCUUUUUCUUAUUAUUUGUAUAGUGGACUAUGUGAAUACUGAUGAUUCACAUAGCCCGAUCUCAACGUGCGAAGUUGUUGUUAAUCAUGUGGUAGUUAUGGAGAGCUUGUACUCGUGCAAUUUAUUAGGAAUACAUAAUAUUUGACUUGUGUCAAGUUAAAAAUUUGAUCCUGAAAGAAACUGCAUGAGGUAAGACUAAGGGCCUUGCCUUGUGCGCCCUGCAAGAGAUUACCGGGGGUCUCGAUCUUUUUUAUGGUUAUGCCGGCGAUGAUAGGUGGAUUUGGUAAUUGGUCUGUUGGGCGUUCGGUCUGUUCGAUUCGGUUUGGUAAAAAUGUUAAACCAACCAAAUUGAAAUAAAUUUGAUUUUCUCGGUUUUGAUUA